AUGGAUGAUUGCGAUUGGACUCCCGAGGGGAGUGUCGACUCUGACCCACGCUCACCACUGCAACCAUUAGUGAUAUGGACCAGUAGAAGAUCAACUGUGUGUCCUCCUAACAUACCAUAUUAUGGUACGACUUAUACAGCUCAUCACCACGCAUACGGCAAUAGCGGUAAUACACAGACGACCUCAGAAGGCUCUUUUGCGAAUUAUGCACUUCAGCAUUCCUCAUUCCCCUUCUCGAACACACCAACAUCUACCUCCAGUGUGCUUCAAGAUAAUCCUUGGCUGGACAUUGCAGCAGAUAACUUCAGACACCCUCGUCCAGAGUUCCAGAGGAACAAAGACACACGCGCCAAUGAGCCUUCAACAGCAGCUGACGAAAACCCAAGCCUGAAUCUCAUGACAUCAGCAAUGGACAUUGACCAAAGAUCGCACAACAACAGUCGCCAAACUGUUAACUACCUCGUCUCCGUUUCAGAUCACUACACAAGCCACGGGCACGCUGGGUAUGACUCCGAGGAUUGCGAUUACUCAAGCAAAUAUACCGAUGUGGACGAUUACAAUAUCGGACAUAUUCCAAUGGAUCUUAGGGUAUCUAAUUUAUCUGAGGAUCCCAAGCGUCACAAUUAUCGAACGCACAACAUUCAGUAUACUUCCGGUUCGAGUUCUGAGGAAGAUAUUCAACUUCAAGCUGACCAUCUUCAACCCGAAACUUCUCUUUGCAAGGAAACCGGGCCUUCGCUUGAUCGCCAGCAUGAUGUGCUUGAUCGCGCACUUUCACAUCCAGUAGAAAAGCCGUAUAAAUAUCAUCCUAGGCUGGACAUUGCAGCAGACAACUUCAGGCACCCGAGACCAGAGUUCCAGAGAAACAAAAAUACACGCGCUAAUGAUCCUUCAACAGCAACUGACGAUAACCCAUGCUCUAAUCCAAUGACAUCAGCAAUGGACAAUGGCCAAACAUCGCAAAGCAACCGUAACCAAACUGCUAACCAUCCCGUUACUGUUUCAGAUCACUACACAGGCCGCGCCCACGUUGGGUAUGAGUCGGAAGAUGGUGAUCACUCAGGCAAAUCUGCCGACCUGGACGUUCAUUAUAUCGAACAUGUUCCAGUGGAUCUUAUGAUGUCUAGCUUUUCGCACAACAAUCAGAAAAUCUCAGAGUCUAGGUCUGAGGAAGAUAUUCAACUUCAAGCUGACUUUCCUCAGCCCGAAACUUCGCUUUGCAAGGAAACUGGGCCAUCGCUUGAUCGCCAGAAUGAUAUGCUUGAUCGCAGUCAUUCACCUCCCGUAGAAAAGCCGCAUAAAUGUCAUCAACGCGUCCAUACAGGAGAGAAACCUUUCAAGUGUAACGAUUGUCACGAACCUUUCAGAACUAAAUCAAAUCUUGCACGUCAUCAACGCAUCCAUACUGGAGAGAAACCGUUCAAGUGUAAAAUAUGUGGUAAGGUUUUCUCAAGAAAAUACAAUCUAACAAGCGUUGCUGACAACGUCAUGGACCCCCGACCCGAAAUCCAGAGGGCGAAAGAUACAAAGCCCAGUGAAGCUCCAACCACAGCUGUCUUAAACCUAUGUUUGGAUCCCAUGACAUUGGCAAUGGACGACGAUCACUGUACGCGAGACAACAGUAAAGCAACUUUAAACUAUUCCGUUCCCGUUUCAGAUCACUACACAGGCAGUGGGAACGUAACGUUAAACUCGGAGUAUAGCAAUUUCUCAAGCAAUGCUGGCAAUGUUAACGUUAACGGAGGCCGCAGAGUACAUAUUGCCGGAUAUGUGCCAGUGUCUUCCCAAGUGGCUAGCUUAUCUGAGGAUCCCAAGAAUCACAAUCGUGAAAGGAUCAACAAUCAUCACACCUCUGAGCCGUUUUCUGAGGCAGUUUGUCAACUUCAAACUAACCAUCGUCAACCAGAAACGUCACUCUGCGAGGAAACUGGGAACUCACCUGAUCGCCGGCAUGAUCCGCUAGAUCGUGGACAUUCACAUCCUGGAGGAAAAACGUAUAAACGUAAGCAUUGCGAUAAAUUCUUACUAGUAUCUACUCAGUCUUGCGUAACAUCUCAUGAAUGUCCACAUCCUGAAGAGAAAUCGCUCGAUUGUAACUUGUGUGAUAAAACGUUCAAUAAGCUACCUCAUCUUGCACGUCAUGGACGAGUUCACUCUGUUGAGAAACCGUUUCCGUGUAAAUACUGCGCCAAGCCGUUCUGUGACAAAUCCGCUCUAAAUGUUCAUGAACGUAUCCAUACCGGGGAGAAGCCGUUCAGGUGUGGUUACUGUGAUCAAAUGUUUCGCCGUAAUACCCAUCUUAGAGUUCAUGAACGUACACAUACUGGAGAGAGACCAUACAAGUGUAAAUCGUGCGAGAAAUCAUUCACGACGAAAUCAAAGCUCACCAGGCAUAGACGCAUCCAUACUGGAGAGAGACCAUACGAGUGUAAAUCGUGCGACAAAUCGUUCAAGACGAAAUCAAAUCUCACCGUGCAUCAACGCAUCCAUACUGGAGAGAGACAACACAAGUGUAACUUGUGUGACAAGUCAUUCAUGACGAAAUCAAAUCUCACAGUGCAUCAACGUAUCCAUACUGGUGAGAAACCAUACAAGUGUAAAGUAUGUGGCAAAGACUUCCGAGCAAUGUCAACUCUCGCAAAUCAUCAACGAAUGCACACUCCUGAGAGAACCUGAUCAAGUGUCAGCUAUCGUGACAAGUCUUUCAAUGUGAAAAACAACAUGGAAGACCAUGCAAAUACAAACACCAUAAAACAGAAAGAUUGAUUUCAAGAUUGUUGAAAGUGCUACUCAUAGGCCCGUUUCG